CCGCCUCCAGGGUCCAGGGGGACUGGGCUGAGCCACCGGCAGUCCCGGGGUGUUGGAACCGUGAACUUUUCAAACUUUCUGGUGGGUGCGGAAGUUGGAACAGUCGGAUUGCGAGAUUUGGCGUACCACAGGUGGAUUAAAGGGCCUGCAAUAUAAGAUGUGGAACCAGUCCAAGAAUUUGAUGUAGCCUCACCUUUAGGAAUUAAAUCAUGGCAGCUUUUGACAAAGUUCCCAUGGUAGAGACAACAAUUGAGGAUGAAGAUGGUGUUUCAGGGGUUGACUGGAGGAGGGCCAAGGUCCAUGAUGACAGACGACUGGAUCUGACAAAGAAGGCUCAAGAAUUUUUCCUGAUCUGUGACCGAGAAUGUAAAGGCUUUAUUAACCAAAGAGAUCUUGAGCACCUUCAGGCGGAGCUACCUCUCAGUCCAGAGGACUUGCAGAAUGUGUUUGAUGCAUUGGAUACAGAUGGGAAUGGGAAACUUACAUUGGAGGAAUUUACUACAGGAUUUAGUCAAUUCUUGUUUAAAGAAAAGAUUUUUGUAAACAAGGUAAAUCCAGGCCAGGAUCAAAGUGAAGGGCUGAAUUGGGAUCGAUCAGAAAAACAGUUGGCAAUGAAUGACAACGAUGAGGAGUGUUGCUUUCAGAUGCUGAUGGACAAUUUGGGAGAAAAAAACCUCUUUAAAGAUCACAAAGAAAUGCAAAGCCUUUGGUCACAACUCCGGAAAGAUGAACCACAUUUGCUUAGUAAUUUUGAAGCACUUCUGACAAAAAUUUCCAUCCAGAUGCAAGAGGCCAGCAAGGAAAAGGAAAUAAUGGAGUUUGCUCUAAAACGAAAGGAGACAGAAUACCUUGAAGAAAUUAAACAUCUCUAUGAUGAAAUGGAGCAACAGAUUGAACGGGAAAACGAGAGAAUGUUUAACAAAGCUUCAGACUUGAGCUCUCGAUGCCAAGAACUAGAGGAAAUGCUGAAGGUUAAAGAGCAAGAACACGAGCAACUCUCCCAAAGCCACAAGAGAUUGGAGAGGGAGUUUGGAGAACUCCUCAAUGAAAAGCAAGAAUCGAAGAUGGAGAAUCAGAGAUUGAAAAGAACCACAGAGGAGUUGGAGGAAGCGCUCCAAAAAGCAAGCCAUGAUGUUCUGGUUGCUCAACAUCAAAUACAGGCAGUGCAGCAAGAAACAUCCCAACUCCAAGAGGAACGGGAAAUAGAACUCUAUCGUGUGACUGAGGGUCUGGAAAGAGAGAAGCUAAGCCUUUGUAAACAGUUGGAACUCCUGAGAGAGAUGAACAAAAACCUUCGAGAUGAACGGGAUAUGUCCAAUUUCAAGAAGCCAUCCAAAUUUGGAGCAACUACUUCAGGGAAACAAAGAGCUGUUUGUGCUACUGGUCAAUGUGUGGAAACCAAGCUGUGUUCAAACAGGAAAGGUAUAAACUGUGAGGAGCUUGGCAAUUCAAAGCCAUUAUCAAUAAAUUUGAAGCAAGCAAAUGGACUGAAUCACAUCAGAAAAGGAAUGGAUAAGGAAUCUGCAACAGCAGAAAGACGGUACUUGCCCAGGAUUAUUUCAAUUGAAGAGGAUCCAUUACCACAGUUUCUGGAAGCACAUUCAGCAACCCACUUACAUAACUGGAUUGAGGUAAAAGAGGAAGAGGUGCUUGAAAAGCAAAGCCAAGAUGUAGCAGAGGCUCUUUCACCUCCAGGCAGCCAAACGGUCGGUCCAGCAACACUGGGACAAGACAGAGAAACAUACUCCAACCCUGACCAUUUAUUCAAAAUAAUUCUGGUUGGUAAUUCCAGUGUGGGGAAAAGCUCUGUUUUGAGAAGAUUUUGCGGUGAUGGUUUUUAUCCUGGAAUCUGUGCAACUGUUGGUAUCGAUUACUGUGUGAGGACAGUGAAUGUUGAUAAUAGUCUGCUAGCUCUCCAGCUGUGGGACACUGCAGGACAGGAACGGUUUCAUAGCAUUACAAAGCAGUUCCUCCGCAAAACCGAUGGAGUUGUCCUGAUCUACGACAUCACAAUGGCAGCCAGCUUCAGUGCAGUCCGACACUGGCUGCAGAGUGUGCAGGAGGGAGCAGGUCCUGAGGUUUUAAUCCUUCUCCUGGCCAAUAAGACAGAUUUGGAAAGUGAACGUCAAGUUUCUACCGAAGAAGGGCAGCGAUUGGCAAUGGAAUGCAAUAUGAUUUUCUAUGAAUGCAGUGCCUUCUCUGGUGCCAACAUAACUGAAGCCAUGAUGCAUUUGGCAAGACUUUUAAAGGAACUGGAAGAUAAAGAAAAGGAAAAGUUUAUUGAGCUUGGUAUAGGCUCUCCCCCACAGAAAUCUUGCUGUAGAAAAUAAUAUAGAGAAUGAACUCCUCUGAUCAGUAGAACCAUUGAAAGGAGCUUUGUAUCUUCUGAAGCAAUUACCUAUGCUGUAAAGAGUGUGUGAAUUGUAAACAGAGCCACCUUUAAUGGAAUUUACUAGGUGGUAAUUUUUCUAUUUAUUACUUCAGAUAAAUUUGAUGGGUUAAGUGAAAUUUGGUUAAAUUUGGGUAUUCUGUGCAUAGUAAAUUCCUUAGGAUCGAAUUAUGCAGCGAGUACAAUAAGCAUCUAAAAUGCAAAUAGAGAUAUGAAAUAUAAAACCAGGCAGUUUACUGCAUAACUGAAAAAAGUUAUGCAUUUUGAUUGAACUUAAUAUUUGUGUGUCACUGGGUAACUUUGAUAAUACCCUAAAUUCUGUUUUCAUUUUGGAAAACCAUGCGAAAAGGUUUCAGGCUUUAAGUGGUAGAUGACUUGCCUGUUGUAACACACAAAACAUUGGAGGAACUCAGUAGGUCUGCUUUUCCAUUUCCCUCCACAGAUGCUGCCCGACCUGCUGAGUUCCUCCAGAUUUUGUGUGUUGCUCCAGAUUCCAGCAUCUGCAGAAUCUGGUGUCACCAACUGGACCGUUGUGCUUGGUGAGAUUCAGUAAUGCAGUGGCAGCACAUAUAAUUGGCAGCCAAUAGAAGCUGGUUUAUUUUUAAAAAAUCCAAAUGAUUCUUCAGAGUUUCUGAAUAUUAUUCUUAGGAACUACCAUUAAAUUUCUCCUCAUUUGAUGUAAUUGCAAUUUUUAAUGUAUUUGCUCACCAGAUGUGAGCAUUGCCUACUAAGCAAAAAUUUAUUGCACCUAGACUGAAUGGUUUGCUAGGUAGCCUUGGUAGGAGGCAGAGGAGACUGUGGCCAUGUACUGGGAUGACAUAAAGGCCACACUUGGGAAGCACAGGUCUUCCUUCCCCUGAAGAACACCACAGUUUAACAGGAGGAAGGAGAUGUAUCUGAAAUCUACUGGAAUUGGUUUAUUAUUAGCAUCCUGAUUCUGACAUGAGGUUUCUCUGGCAGACAAGGUGAAAGGGUUUCUAUAGCAGAAGGGUUUCUAUCACUAUACUAAGAGCAAAAGGGUAGCAAGUGACAGAAUUGGUUCUCUUGAAGAUCAGUGUGGUCAUCUAUGCAUGGAGCUAAAAGAGAUGGGGGAAAUCUUGAAUGAAUUUUUUGCAUCCGUAUUUACUCUGGAGACAGACACAAACUAUAGAACUGAAGCAAAAGAGUAGUGAGGUCAUGGACCGUAUCCAGGUUAUCGAAGAGGAGGUGCUGGCUGUCUUGAUGCGAAUGAAGGUGGAUAAAUCCCCAGGGCUUGACAAGGUGUCUCCUCGGACCUCGUGGGAGGCUAGUGCAGAAAUUGCAGGGGCCCUGGCAGAGAUAUUUAAAGCAUCCUUAGCCACAGGUGAGGUGCUGGAGGACUGGAGGAUUGAUAGCUUAUGUUGUUCCAUUGUUCAAGAAAGGAUCUAAGAAUAAACCAGGAAAUUAUAGGCCAGUGAGCCUGAUGUCAAUUGUGGGUAAAUUAUUGGAAGGUAUUCUAAGGGACAGGAUAUAUAAGUAUUUGGAUAGACUGGGCCUGAUUAGGGAUAGUCAACAUGGAUUUGUGCGUGGUAGGUCAUCUCUAACCAAUCUCAUAGAAUUUCUCGAGAAGGUUAUCAAGAAGGUUGAUGACAGAAAAGUGGUGGACGUUGUCUACAUGGACUUUAGUAAGGCCUUUGACAAAGUCUCAUAUGGGAGGCUGCUCCAGAAGGUGAAGUCACUUGGCAUUCAGGAUGAAGUAGCCAAUUGGAUUCAAUAUUGGCUUAACAGGAGAAGCCAGGGAGUGGUAGUAGAUGGUUGUCUCUCUGAUUGGAGGCCUGUGACUAGUUGUGUGCCGCAGGGAUCGGUGCUGGGUCUGUUGUUGUUUAUCACCUAAGUCAUUAAUCUAGAUGAUAAUGUGUUAAACUAGACCAGCAAAUUUGCAGAUGACACCAAGAUUGGGGGCAUAAUGGACAGCGAGGAAGGCUAUCAAAGCUUGCAGCGUGACCUUGACUACCUGGGAAAAUGGGCUGAAAAAUGGCUGAUGGAAUUUAAUGCAGAAAAGUGUGAGGUGAUGCACUUUGGGAGGACAAACUAGGGUAAGACUUACACAGUGAAUGGUAGGGCACUGAGGUGUAUGGUGGAACAAAGGUACCUGGAAAUACAGAUCCAUAAUUCCUUGAAAGUGGCAUCAUAGGUGGAUAGGAUUGUGAAAAGAGCUUUUGGCAUAUUGGCCUUCAUAAAUCAGGGCAUUAAGUACAGGAGCUGGGAUGUUAUAUUGAGGUUGGUGAGGCUGAAUUUAGAGUAUUGUGUGCAGUUCUGGUUCCCUACCUACAGGAAAGAUAUCAAUAAGCUUGAAAGAGUGCAGAGAAAGUUUACACGGAUGUUGCUGGGACUUGAGGACCUGAGUUACAGGGAAAGGUUGAAUAGGUUAGGACUUCAUUCCCCGGAGCACAGGAUAAUGAGGGGAGAUCUUAUAGAGGUAUACAAAAUUAUGAGGGGUAUAGAUAGGGUGAAUACAUACAGACUUUUUCCCUGCAGGUUGGGUGAGACUAGAAUUAGAGAUAAUAUGUUUCAGGUGAAAGGUGGAAUAUUUAAGGGGAAUCUGAGGGGAAACUUCUUCACUCAGAGGGUGGUGUGAGUGUGGAACGAGCUGCCAGCAGAGGUGGUAGAUGCAGGUUCAAUUAUAACAUUUAAGGGAGGUUUGGAGAGGUUCAUGAAUGGGAGGGGUUUGGAGAGAUAUGAUCCGGUUGCAGGUAGAUGGGACUAGGCAGAAGAAUAGCAGAAGAUCAGGUUGGCAUGGACUAGAUGAGCUGAAAGGCUUGUUUCUGUGCUAUUCUACCUUGCUAGUCCAUUCACUUGUGUUUUCAGAGGAUCAUUGAUCACAAUAGCAAGACCAAGGUCUAACGGAGAUUAUUUUGAUCAGUAACGCUUUAUAACUUUUCCUGGCCAAACUUAAUGGUGAUUUACUGUUGUAUCAUGCUUUAUAUUUUUUUAAAGUGUUUAAAUUUUGCCGUAAUUCACUCAGCUUUGUGCCAAUAUUGAAGCAGCCUCAGCAACUGAGGUGCUCAGGACUUUGGCUUCUGUUCAAUAAUGUGGAUUUUCCAGGGACCCAUUAUGAACAGAAUAGAACUUCACUGUUUAUGGCAUUUUGUGCAUUAAAAUGUUGGUAACUUUGUUUUCACUGUGCGUGUGUGUGUGUGCGUGUGUGUGUGUGCGUGUGUGUGCGAAGAAUCUUAACACCCUAUUUUUCCAGCACAGGAACAGGCCCUUCGGCCCACUGUGUCUGCACCAACCAUAAUGCCAACCUAACUAAUCCCAUCUGCCUGCACAUGGUCCGUAUCCUCCAUCCCCUGCCUGUUCAUGUGUUUGUCUAAAUGUCCCUUAAACAUUGCUGCUGUAAUGUUAACUUCUACCAUCUCCCCUGGCAGCACAUUCCAGGCACCCACCACUCUGUGUGGAACAAAAACUUGCCCUACCCAUCUCCUUUCAAUUUUCCCCUUUCACCUUAAGCCACUGUCCUCUAGUAUUUGGCAUUUCCAACCUGGGAAAAAGACUCUGGCUAUGCUAUCUAUGCCUCUCAUCAUAUUAUAAGCUAUCAGGUCGUCCCUCAGCCUCCACUGCUCCAGAGAAAAUAAUCCAAGUUAGCCCAACCUCUCUUUAUUACUAAUACACUCCAAUCCAGGCAACUUCCUGGUGAACCUCUGCAGCCUUUCCAAAGCCUCCACAUUCUUUCUGUAAUGGGGCGACCAGAACUACAUAAAUUCCCUCCUUUGUCUUUCAGUCAUCCUACUCUCACCUGAGGUACCCAUUUGUUUAUAUUACAUGUAUAAAAUGGCUUUGUAUUUUUGGCCCCUUCUGGCUCUCCUAAUUCCCUGCUUGAGUUGUUUCCUGAUUUCUAACCUUACAUAUGACUAAAUUCUCUUUUUGACUAAAUUUACAUCAUUUCUUGUCUUCCCAAGUUCCCGAACCUUGCCAUCCUUUCUUUUUACUGGAACGUGCUGGUCUGAACUCUGAUAAGCUGGUCUUUAAAAGGCUCCCACAUGUCAGAUGUGGAUAUGUCCAAUAACAGCUGCUCCCAUUCUACUAUCCCUAGCUCCUGCCUAAUAAUGUUGUAAUUUGCAUUCCCCAAAUUUAUCACUUUCCCCCAAGGUCCAGACUUACCUAUUCAUAACUAUCUUAAAGCUUAAGGAAUUGCGAUCACUGUUCCCAAAAUGCUCUCCAGUUGAAACUCCAAUCAUCUGGCUGGUCUAAUUUCCCAAAACAAAUUC